AAUCUCGGUAGGUUUUUGCUUUGCUUUUAUUUUUACAUUAAAACAUGCGCACACUCAGGUGUAUAAACCACCUGUAUCGUCUCAAAAUAAAAAUUACUUUCACAUUCAGUCGUUCAUGAGUGCAGAUUCGAAGUCAAUGACCAUACCACAAAUAUGUUGCUUUUUACAGUUUUGUGUCAAGUCUGUAACAGUUUUACAUCGUCAAAGAAUGUAGAAUCUUAUUAUAUUUUUUGUUAUAAACUCUAGCCGAGUAUAAUUUUUAUAAAUGUGCACGAUUUUUUUAAUUUUGUGAUUUAAUUGAAUAUAAAAUGAGUGUGAACGUUGCAGCUGAAGAAAAAAUUAACAGAAAAAUGCACGAAUUAUUUAUGCAAGUUUUGAAAAAUCGGGAUCUCUCUCGAGCCGGUGACCUUUUUUCAAUCCCCGAUCAUAUUAUUGUUAAUGAUUUGUCCAUUGUGUUGAAAGAAAUAACUAUAAUUGCAUCUCUGCCUGAUUAUGUUAAUAAUGAUAAUGAUCAAAGUGUGGUAGAAAUAUGUGUAACCAGAGUUACUUCUUGUAUAAGAGAAACAGGAAGUGUUGAAUUACACUGUGAGGCUCUUGUUAAUCUGUUGGAAUCUUGCCUACAUCACAAUUUACAAGCCAUGGCAAGAGAUGAAGACACUCCACAUGCUAAAAUAUCAUCUGAUAUCAUUUCCUGUAUUUUUUUGAACUAUACGAAAAAGGCUGUAAUGCAACGAGCUUUGCCUGUUGCAGUCAAAUUUUUACAUAAGGGUAAUAAAGAAUUAUCAAGAAAUAUGGCUUCUUAUUUAUCUUUAGCAGCUAUGGAACACGCUUCUUUACUUACCCCUCAUGUACAACCUAUUAUGGAUUCUAUAAUAUCAGGCAAUUAUCCAUUAUGUAGAGUUCUUCCGAAUAUUUAUGAAGUAUCUCCAGAACCUUUUCAAGGUCAUGCGAUGGCUUUGGUUUCACUGCUUCCCCAUUGUGAUAACCAAGAAAAAUUAGCGUUGUUGAAUUUAUUUACUUCAAUGGCAAAAGACAAUCCCACAUUAUUAGAAGCGAGCGUUCCUCAAUUGUGUGAAUAUUUAAGUAGUCCAGUAACUGUGGGACCAACGUUAGAAGUUUUUGUUCACAUGGCCGAAAGAAUACCAACACUGUUGGUUGAUCAUAUAAAUGCCGUAAAACAAUCAGCUCAAAAACAUCCGCAAACCGUUUGUGCAGCGGCUCAAAUCAUCAGUGCCGUUGGAAAACUGAGCAAGGAUAGAGCUCAAGACGCUUUGAAUUUUGUUCUCGAAUAUUUCCCCAAAGCUGACAGAAGUUCUCAAACUGCGUUACUAAGACAAGCGACUUUAUUAUGCAGCUCUUAUCCAGUUCUUUUUACCGAUAAAGUUUUAUUAGGAAUAAGAUCCAGACAUCACACCAGUACAAAUCAGAUUAGUCAAAGUACUACGCCGACUACUCAAAGCCAAGUGACUUCUGGAGGAGUGACAAUUGUGAAAGUCGGCGGGGUACAUACGACUACGCCAACUCCAUCUGGCGGGUAUACGCGUCGUGCUAAAUUAGGCGAUUCGAGGAGUACGGGAAGAUUACAUACCGCUCCUAGUAUUAAUACAAACAGAAGUAUGACUAAACUUAAUAUAGCUGGAGGCUCCGUAGGAGGACUCCACAAAAGUAUGACAGGUCUAAGUUCUUCUCAACACAUUAACGCUACUCCUGUACCUCCGCUGGCGAAUAGUGUUACUGUGACCGGAGUAAAUAAAUGGACUGGGCCAAAUGUUCGGGUAUCUAGCGGAGGUGUAACAGUUACUACUAUUUCACCACCUAGAAUGCAGAGACCUUUAAGUCAAGGUCCUUUGGCGUUUAUUGGAACCCAUCCCACUCAGAUUUCUGGUAGUCCUUUAGUUUUGACUUCACCUUCCCUCCAUUCCAAUAACGCAGUUGUCGUUAGUUCGGGUUAUACGGGACCAAUAUCCAGUGGACAAGUAUCCGUGGUGAGCAGUUCUGUAGCCCAAACUAUACCUAUAGGUAAUAGUAUUGUCCAUACCCCACCACCAAUGCCGGCUAUUGAUCACACGAACUCGAAUAGCGUUGCUAUAUCUGGUAGCGUCAACGUCAGUGGUCCCACUACGGUAAUAUCACGUCGGAAUAAUACCAGUGUUACAUUAAUAAAUCAAAAUUCGGUGGCUAAUCAAAGAAUGAGCGUUUUCGAACCGUACCCCAUGAGGGAUACCAUACAACAUUUUUGCGAAAAACAUCUCGAUAAAAUUAAGAGUUAUAUGGAAAAAGUUUCUAUUAGAAUCCCAUCACCGGCUAAAUGUACUAUUGAAGAAAAGAGACAGAAAAAGUCUGCUAAAUUACAUUUCGCUUGUCAAGCUCGAGGGCAGCACUGUCUCUAUUCUAAAACCUAUUUUACUAUGAGAACUCGUAAUCCACGGAUUUGGAUACAUUUAAUGUUCAUAUCGUUACAGGCACGUAAUUCACAUGCUUUAAGCUCUAGAGACGCCCAAGUAGCUUCGUUAAAACACUGUUGGGACAUUUUGAAAUGUGAAAACAAAACAUUCCUAACGGUAGUGACUAGUGCUUUUCCUUGUGCGAAAGACCAAGAUUCCAUCCUUAACGAAUUACGCCACUCUGGUUAUUUCGACGUAUUUCAAGUAUGCCCUUCGAGUAUACUACCUUCUGAAGCUCCAGAUUCUUUAGGAAUUGGUGGUGUAAUUUGGGGAUGUUUUUUAUGUGCCCAUCCCGAAAAAGCAGUUGGGUUCCUAAGAGGAGAUACAAGACCAGUAAUCGAAGGCCAAUUGAAAGAGAAAAAAGGAAAAUGGAGGUUAUUUAGGCGAUGGAGAACUAGGUAUUUUACAUUGUCUGGAGCGCAUCUGAGUUGUAGAGGAUCGAGUGGCGGUGAAUCAAUCGAUGUAAAUCAAAUAAGAUCAGUGAAAGUGUCACGGGGCGCUAGAAAUAUUCCAAAAGCUUUCGAAAUUUUCACGGAAAAUCAGACUUUAAUUUUAAAACCUAAGGAUGGAAAAAAUGCCGAAGAGUGGGUCCAAUGUUUGAGCAUCGUUGUUGCACAUUCCCACGCCAAAGAAUUGCCUAAUAAGAGCAAUUCUUUACCAGCAAGAGGUAUUAGCUCUAGUCGAACUGUUGUGUGAUUGAUUUAAUCUUUUUAAAUCAUUUUGUUUCUUUAUCGGUGGAAUUGAAUCUAGUACAAAUAUAUUCCUCAACAGUAAUGUUAUAUGCUCAAAUAAUGUACGAAAAAUACGAUUCUGUUUAUCUGUA